AUGCAAUUGCUAUGGGACCCGCAGAGUGUGCAAUGGAAAAUUGCAAUUCUAAUUAUCGCAUUAGUCGCCGACGUGUCGUGCAUAAGAAAUGGCAACGGCGAGGAAAAUCAAAUAUCUGUGAAGCUGAAAAACUUCUUUCCCUCGGAGCAGGAGCAGGAGGUGCAGGUGCGAGACAACCAAAACCCACCAGAGACCUCGGCGAGAGUGACCUCUGGUGGUGGCUUUAGGCCCUCACAAAUGCUGGAUUUCACGCCCUCGGAUGUGAUGCCACAGAGUGGGAUCUUCAAUCGAUUUCCUCCAAGCUAUUUGGAACCCAACUACAGGCAUGAAAUACCAAGUUCCCUGGGACAGCAGCAGCACCAGCAGCAGGCUACAGCUUUGGACAAGCAGUUCUCCUUUCCCCAGGACUCACACGCGGCGGUCUUCCAGAGCACUCCACUGCCCACCACACCGGUGGUUAGCUAUCUGGAUCCAUAUACCCAGCAAAACUAUCGAUAUACGCCCACACCCCCGUCAAUAAUUCAGUAUCAACGGGAGCAGGCACCUCAAGAUGAUCAGGCCUACACAGUGCAAUCUUCCCUCUUGGUGGGCGGAAAUCAUCAACAACCCCACCAACCGCGUCCUGGCCACGUGGACGAUGUGUAUCUAAAGCGACCUGGCUACGUCUUCGAUGAGAGUCCCAUUGCCCCAACGUAUCGACGACCCACAAGGCCACCCACGCCUGCUUUGCCACCACCACCCACCACUGCCUCACAGAAAAUCUCCUACGAUAGCCAUGAUUACCCACCGCCCAGUUAUGCCGCCCAGCAGACAUCCAAUUUUGUGCCCCAGCAGCCAAAGCAGCGACCACUGUACCAGCGCCAAGACAUCAAUGGGAAUCGAGGUGGACUGGGAGCAGGGUCAGGACCAGCGCCAGCGCCAGCCUCGUCUAAUUAUGCAAACAACUUUGAUAAUUAUUUGCAGCGACCAAAACCCCAGCAACAGCAUCAGCAGACGCAGAUACAGAGCCCCAACCAGGUACAGCCGCAGUUUGGACACUAUCAAUACAAUCCCCAGAACGUAAGAGAAGGAGGCGGAGCACCACCUGGAGCUGGCAUAUCCCAGCGACCCAGACCGGGACACAAUUACUACGAGUAUCAAAUUGGCGAGAUACCGCCACCACCACCGCAGUCCCAGCACUUUCAGCAGCCGCAGCAGCAGUUCAACUAUCGUCCUGCCACUCAGUCAUCAGGAGGAGGAGGAGGAGGAGGAGUAAUGGAUGGUGGUUUGGCCACCCUGGCAUCGCUGCUUAGCUCCACGCAGCAGUAUGCACCGCAAUUUACGAAUCUCCUCUUGGGCGGAGGUGGUGGCUCCUCAUCCCAACAGUCAGCCAGUCCGUUGGGCAGCCUUCUCGGCGCAUUUGCUGGAACACAAGGAGCACAAGGAUACCCCAGUGGAGGAGGCGGAGGAGGAGGACGACCGGCCAACACACGACUCAUUAGGGCACUGGAGAACAUCGCUCGCAACGACGAUUUGCAGUGCGUGCCCAAGGUGCUCUGCCAGAUGAUUGCCGGUCAAACGUUACGUGGCCAAUUGCCCGGAUUCGUUACCUCCCCAGCCAUAACCAAUUUCCUGGCUGGUUUUCCUGUAGCCUCACCUGCUCUAAUUUAUGGUAGAGCUGCGCUGCUGGGCUUAAGUGGAGGAGAUAGAAGCUGUAUUCGGACUUAUGAAAAGUGUCCUAAAAAUGAGAUGGAAAUCAUUCACUACCUUAACAAUCAUCGCGGCGGUUUCUUCAAGUUCUUCAGUGAGCCAGAGGAGAAACCUGAAACCUCUCUUUUAGGAGAUGGAGGAACAGGUAGCCUGUUCAGCAUUCUCUCCGCUCUCACUGGUGGCGGAGGAGGCGGUGGUGGUGGUCAGACUUAUACCACCCCAAGACCACCUCCCAGACCCACCCAGCGACCUACCACGGAUAUAACCAGCGGCAUAGGUAGUUUCUUUACCCAGGUGCUGUCCGAAUACCUUAAUGGUGUCGAGUACCAGCGGAGAAGGCGAAGGAGGAGUCUAAAUCUGAAUGAUGACUUUCACGAUGAAGAGGAUAAUCUGGACACACAGUCUGGUCAGCAGCAGCUGGUGAAGUUUCAGGACGAUGAGGAGGAAGAGGCUGCCAAGGCUCACACCGAACUAAUUGGAGUGCUGCAGUUUCCCGACAACGAAGGCGAAGGCCGAGUGGUUACCUUUAAGGACAUCCAAAGUGAGGAAGAACACGAGGAUGGAACAAAUAUACGCUUUCCGGAUGCCACUCCAGCGGAUGUUAUUAGGGAAUUUAAUCGUGAUGCGGCCCAACGGAAGCUGAGAUUUCCCCAGGAUCAGGACGACAAACCCGAAGCUGAAAAUGUGAGGCGAGCCAAGGAAUUGUCCUUGAUGGAAGGCUGGAAAGCUGUUCUGCCCAAUGGUCUGGCAGAAUCGGACUUUGGUGUGGAUAAACGCAGAGGAAAAAGGAUAGUGUUCCGAGAUACCAACGAGCAUCCGGAAGAGGAGAGGUUACAGGAGGAAAGGCUAAGAGAAGAGGAGCAGUUCAGAGAAGCCGAACUUAGGGAACAACAAAUUAGAGAAGAAUCUUUCCGAGAAGAACAACUUCGAGAAGAACAACUCAGAGAAGAUGAAAGAAUUCGGGAAGAGCAACUCAGAGAAGAUUUAAGAAUUCGUAAAGAACAGCUGCAAAUUCAGCGUCUUCACGAGCUGCAACUUAACCAACAAAGCUACAAAGAGGACUCACUUCCUCCGAAUGCAGUCUACGAUGAUGCAGCUCCUCCCCAACGAGGAGCGCGGGUUAUCUUCCCCGAUCACUAUGAGCAGCACAUUCGCAAAGGAAAGAUCCUGAAUCGACCCACAUAUGCUCCCACCUACGAAUACAAUGACCUGGGCGAGGCCAAGGAGGAUCGCCUGGUGGUGAGCAGUCACUAUCGACUCGAAGGUGGCUUUAACUCCUUGAAUCAUGGUGAAUUUAUGCCAGGAACUCAUGUUCGAUUUGGAGAUGAGACAGGAAAUGAGAGACCUAACCAUUACAACUAUCCAAACUCCAACUAUAUCAGUGACAAUCGAUACGGAAGCGGAAGUCAAAAACCAUCGUAUCACGAAGAUGACAAAAACAUCUACGUGACCAAUUCGCAGGGAGUCAAUGAGUACUAUAUACGACCCGAUGGCAGAAAGGUAUAUUUUAAAACAGGUUAG